GGCGGCCCCUCUUGCUGAAUGCACGUUGCGUCUAUCCUUUUUAAGGAUAAACAUAUUAAAAUAUGUUUAACUUAUGUUCAAUACCUGAAAGGCCCGAUAUCUCACAACAACGUGCUAUUUGUCUAGCAAAGAGACAUUUUGGUCUUGAUGUACGACAAAUUAAAGAGUUUUUAGGCUAUGAUGACAAAAACUUCUACCUGGAAUCGUCGUCAGGAGAGUACGUAAUGAAGAUAACAAACACUGAAGGUUCUGCAGACAAGGGCAUUUUAGAUGCACAGAACAAGGCUAUGUUGUUGCUUAAAAGCCGUGGAGUAAUCUGCAAUGUUCCACUUGAGUCAUUGAUCAAGGAGUACAUCAGUUAUGAGCAAUCAGAUGGAAAAGGCCCCAAUGCAAUACGCUUAUUUGAUUUCAUAAACGGAACGUUGAUGAAUAAGAUGCCAUCUUUCACCACAGAACUUCUGAUUAAGCUGGGAAAGUAUGUUGGCAAGCUAGAUAACAUCUUGAAGGAAUAUACUCAUCCUUCAUUAAACGAAGAAAAAAAAGAAAUGUGGGAUUUGCAAAAUAUAUGUAUGAUUGAAAAGUACAUUGACGCAAAGUAUCUAGGAAGUAAAGACAGAGAGAAACUCAUCUUCAGUGUGUACAGAAAUUACAUGAGUAUUGUACCAGCUUCUCUGAGGAAUCUGAAGAAGCAAGUCAUCCAUAAUGACAUCAGUAGUCGCAAUGUAAUAGUUUGCAAAGACCAAUUUGUAAUUAUUGACUUUGGUGACAUGUCUUAUAGUUACCGUAUAUUUGAAGUUGCUAUAUUUAUGGCUGAUAUAAUUCUGUGUCAAUUUAUUAGAGGAAAUGGCAUUAAUCACUUUGAUUGUGCAACAAUUGCCCUUAAGGGAUAUCAGUCAGUAUUUCCAUUGACUAAAAGUGAGCUUGACUUGCUAUACUGGUGCAUUGGUGCCCGCUUUGCUCAGUUAGUUGUUAUUGGUUCGGUAAAGUUGUUUAUGGACCCUAAGAAUACUUAUGUAAUGGAUGAUGAAGUGCACAUCUGGGAUUUGUUGCCUCAGCAUUUAGCUAUCAGUGACACUGAAAUGCUUCAGAAAUGGCUUCACUGAAAGUUUUUCAGGGCAGAAGAACAAUUAUCGACAAUAAAAUCCUGAAAUUUGA